AUGGCUGAUGACGUCAGGGCUAGAGGCCAUGUGAGGAGGGAUGAGGAUGUUGGCCCAGUAGUCGGCCCAUCUCGGGUCGUUGUAGUCAUCGAAGAUCGUUUUCAGCGACGAUCAGACUUUGUACGAGGGGAAGAAGUAGGAGUUCUCGGCGAUGAGCUUCUCGAGGUCGGAGAUGGAGGCGGAGAUUUGGUCGAGGAAGGGUUUGAGGUGAGUGGGAUUGGUGAGUCGGCACUGGGCGAGUUGGGAGUUGACGGAGGACUUGGAGAUGGAGAAGCAGGAAAGGAAGGCGGAGGUGGACUCGAAGGAAGGGGAGGGGUCGGAGGAGUUGGAGGCGGCGAGGCGCGUGAGGGAGGUGUCAAGAGAGAGAGUUAG